AUGCAGAAUGCGCUUUUAGAAAUCCGAGACCUCCGCGGCGGUGAGCGGUUGCUCUGUUACGACAGCGCCGCGCACGGCAAGGCGGCGAAGCCUCCGGACGACUCCGAUGCCUUCCGGGAGGUCCUUUCCCCCGGGGCGCCGGGCGAGGCCCUUUUGGAUUUUCUCCGUGGCGCGCAGGCCGUCUGCUACCGCUUCUUUGGCGCCCACCCGGGCGGCCUCGGCGAGGCCGACGGCCCCCUCCCAGGCCGACGGCCGGGCAGCGGCGACGACGACGGCGACGGCGAGGACAGCCAGCCGCUGAGCUCGGCGGAGUGGAGCCCACACGAGGGGGGGGCGGCCCCCACGGCCGAGGAAACGGCCUGCAGACCACGCCCGGAGGGCUGA